AACUCCCAUGAGGCGCGGAGGCUGCGCAGGCGCGUCGGGGGUUCAAACCUGGGGUGGGAUUCCAUUGGCUGAGCAGCACUGAGUCGGGAGCCCUGAUUGGCUGAGGGGCCUGAGGCGACAGAUUCCGGAAAGGGGAAGAGCAGCCAACAUGGCGGCGGAACGCGGCGCGGGCCAGCAACAGUCGCAGGAGAUGAUGGAGGUUGACAGGCGAGUCGAAUCUGAAGAGUCUGGCGAUGAAGAGGGGAAGAAGCAGAGCGGCGGUAUAGUGGCAGACCUCAGCGAGCACAGCCUGAAGGACGGAGAGGAGCAGGGGGAGGAAGACCCAGAAGGUACCAGGCCGAAAGGACAAGAGCUGCCCGUGGAUAUGGAAACCAUUAACCUGGACAGAGAUGCAGAGGACGUUGAUCUGAACCACUACCGCAUUGGGAAAAUCGAGGGAUUUGAGGUGCUGAAGAAAGUAAAGAGUCUUUGCCUCCGUCAAAAUUUAAUUAAAUGCAUUGAAAAUCUGGAGGAGUUACAGAGUCUUCGAGAGCUGGACCUUUAUGACAACCAAAUCAAGAAGAUUGAGAAUCUGGAGGCGCUAACACAGUUGGAGAUUCUAGAUAUUUCUUUUAAUCUGCUGAGGAACAUUGAAGGAGUCGACAAGCUGACACGACUGAAGAAGCUCUUCCUGGUUAACAACAAAAUCAGUAAAAUCGAGAACAUAAGCAGCUUACACCAGCUGCAGAUGCUGGAGCUGGGGUCCAACCGCAUCCGGGCAAUUGAAAAUAUUGACACGUUAACCAGUUUGGAGAGUUUGUUUUUGGGGAAGAACAAGAUCACUAAACUUCAGAACCUGGACGCACUUACCAACCUGACGGUCCUCAGUAUGCAGAGCAACCGGCUGACCAAGAUGGAAGGUCUGCAGAGCCUGGUGAACCUUCGAGAGCUGUACCUGAGCCACAAUGGCAUCGAGGUCAUCGAGGGCCUGGAGAACAAUAACAAACUCACGAUGUUGGACAUUGCAUCAAACAGAAUCAAAAAGAUUGAAAACGUCAGCCAUCUGACAGAGCUGCAGGAAUUCUGGCCGUGCUGCUGACCCUGCUUACGUCAUCUUAAAAACUCCCCCAAGUUUCCCGACAACACAGGUAGCCUGCUGUGAAAACGACCUUUGCCCCUUACCGAUAGCGCUGGGUCUUGGGUCGUGUCAGGUUGUGGUGCCAGAGCAAAUCUGGGGAGACCAGAACCAGAAGUAGAAAGGUGGGAAAACCUUCAGGAGGUUUGGGAAACCAGCUGAUACUGAAGCAGUGUUUCUGAAAUGUGUGAUUGCUUCUACAUGCCCUGCCAAGGGACAAGAGCAUGGGACAUGGGGUGCUGAGACCACAGGUAGAGGCCAGCUGGGCACCCUGGCCAUCGGGAAGGCAGGCAGGCAGGCUGGCACUUGCUGGAAGGUGGAUAGUGCCCUGCCCUGUAACACACAAAGCAGAUGAAGACAGUCAAAUGAGGCAGAGCCUACAGUGCUUGAUGGUGUCCAGACUGCUUCCUCUUCUGAUCUGCUGAUCAUAGCAACCCUGCGAAGCAGGCGGUAUUAUGCCAUUUUACCACUGAGGAGUUGCAUUUCAGGAAGGGAGGUUGCAAACUGGGAGCUCUCAAACUCUGCUGUGCUCCUAUCACAUGUAGGGUUUGCUUAGCUAUGAGCUGGUCUCUGAGAGAGAAAUAGGAAGCCAGGCUUAAUAAAAUUUUAAUCACCCAAAUCCUAUGUUUAUUGAUGUUCUGCUUGUCCUGCCGGUUACUGAGAGAAAGAUGUUGGAAUAUCCCAAACAUAACCGUGGGUUCGCUUUCUCCGUUCAGUUCACCGGCUUUUGCUCCUUGUAUCUUUAAGGUUUUUAUUGGUUGCAUACACACUUAGGGUCAUAGUGUCUUCUUGAGGUAUUGUCUUUUCAUCACAUGGAAUGUCCCUUUUCCGCGCUGCCCUCUUUGUUCUUGUCCUGAAUUCUACCUCUCCGUGUUAACCUGGCCAUUCUAUCUUUCUCCUGUUACUGUUUCCAUGGGUAUCUUUCUCCAUCCAUUUACUCAACCUCUGUCUUCAUGAUAGGUAAAAUACGUCUCUCGUAGACAGCACAUCGGUUUUGCUUUUUUAUCCAGUCUGACCAUCUCUGCCUUUUAAGGGCAGUAUUUACCCUGCUCAUGUUUAGUACAAUUACAUUCACUUACACUUUGUGCAAUGGUUGGGUUUAGGUCUGCCAUCUUGCUAUUCGGUUUUUAUUUGUCCCAUGUGUUCUUUGUUCCUUUUUUUCUCUUUUCUUGCCUUCUUUUUGGAUUAGAAAAACAUUAUUUUUGGUAGUCUAUCUUAUUUUCACUAUUGACGUAAUUUGCUUAUAUCUGUAUGCUGUAUUUUAGGAAUCACAAAAUAUAUUUUCAGUUUAUCACAGUCUGCCUUCAAAUGAUAUAUCACGUCACAAAUAAUGUAAGUCCCUUACAGGAGUGUGCUUCCAUUCCUCUCCAACAGCUGACAUUGCCCUAUGUUUUACUUUUCAUAGAUUUAAGCCCCGUGACAUGUUGCUGUAUCAGUUAUCUUUUAAGGAAAUUUAAUAACAAAAUCCACUUAUUUUACCAUUUCUGGCAUUUUUUAAUUGUUUUAUGUGGUUUCCAUUGUGCCAUUUCCCUUCCACCUGAAGAAUUUUAAUAAUUUUUUAUUGUGCAGCCUGUUGUAAACCAGUUGUUUCAGCUUUGAUCUGUCUGGAAAAGUCUCUUUAUUUUGCUUUCAUUUUUGAAGUAUGGGAUUACAGCUCUACAAUUCUAGUUUGCCAGUUUGGGGGGUUUGUCUACAGCACUUCAUACGUGUUCCAUUGUGCUCCAGCCUGCACUGUUCCUGAUGAGAAAUUGUUAGUCAUUCUCGCCCCUUCUGUGUGACAUGUCUCUCUCCCUCCAGCUGCUUUUUUUUUUAUAUAUAAUUUUUUUAAUGUUUAUUUUUGAGAGAGAGGGACAGACAGCGUGAGUGGGGGAGGGGCAGAGAGAGAGAGGGAGACACAGCAUCCGAAGCAGGCUCCAGGCUCUGAGCUGUCAGCACAGAGCCCGACAUGGGGCUUGAACCCACAAACCAUGAGAUCAUAACCUGAGCUGAAGUCGGAUGUUCAACCGACUGAGCCCCCCAGGCACCCCUGUCUCCCUCCAGCUGCUUAUUUAUGUUCUAUCGUCACUUUUGUUUCUUGCAACUUGAAGGUCACGUGCUGUUGAGCUUUGGGGAUCUGUGAAUUUAUAGUUUUCAAAAUCAGAUGCAGCAAACUUCUGAAAAUAAUUUCUGCUCCCAAAAUUUAUUCUGCUCCCCUUCCCCCAGUUUCUUCCUAAAACUCCAAUUAUGCAUAUGUUGUCCAGUGCUUGGUCACUGGGUCACUGGCUUUUAUGUUGUGUGCUUGCGUUUGUAUGAUUUCUGUUCCUAUGUCUGUAAGGUCAUGAUCGUCUGCAAUGUUCAUAUGCUGUUAAGCUCUUGGAGUCAGUUUUUUAGCUCAGAUGUUAUAUUUUUCAACUCUAAAAAAAAGUUUGGUUCUCUUUUUAUAGAUUCUGUUUCUGUCCUUAAUGUUUGUGUUUCCCUUGAAGCCUUCCUUUUUCACAUGGCUAGUCAUUUUUGUAUUAGAUGCUGGCCAUUAGGAUGUUAAGUUAUUGGGGCACCUGGCUGGCUCAGUCAGUAGAGCAUGCAAUUCUUGGUCUCAGGGCUGUGAGUUCAAGCCCCACACUAGGUAUAGAGAUUACUUAAAAAUAAAAUCUUUUUUUAAAAAGAUGUGAAGUUAUUGACUCUGGAUUUUUUUUUUUUUUUUUUUUUUUUUUUUUUUUUUUUUUUUUUUUUUUUGCUUUCCUUUAAAGCGUAUUGGCCUGUAUUUCUGGCAGACAGUGAACCUGAUCCUUUUGAGGCUCACUUUCAGCUUUAUCAGCGUGAAUCUACGAAGCCUGUCCUCUAAGGCUACUCUGCUCUGUUUCUAGGCUGUGACCCUUCUUGGGUCUCUAGUGAAUGCCCUGGGCAUUUAACGAGGUCUCUGCCUCUGGUUGGUGACGGCACAAACAUGUCCUUUCCGUGCGUGAGCUCUGGCCUUGCCCAGUUCAUUGCUUCUGGCGCCUCGUGGCUUCUAUGCUGUGGCCAGUCCUGUAAUUUCACGCCACCAUCCACACUCAGUUGUCAGUCCAAGAUUCAAGGGGACACUGGGUGCCCUUCUGGAGCUUUUUUCCCAUACAGCUCACUCCUCUCCAGAAAUCCCAGCUGCCUCUGCCUUCCCAAACCAGAUUCACUGUCUCAACUCACUGUGGCCUCCAGGCUCUACUUGGGUUCCCCUGUGGUCCACAGCGUGCCUGCAGACAGAAGGCCAGAUGCACACAGAGCUCACCUCCCUCGUUUCCCUGCUCUCUGGAGUCACUGUCCCGUGUCACCUGUUGUCCAGUGUAUGCAAACAGCAGUUUCAUGUUACUUGUCCUGUCUUCCAGUUUACGACAGAAAAGUGGAGUCCCGCUCCAGUCCUUCCCUCGCUUGAAGUGGAGGUCCUGUGACUUCAUGUAAUUUUUCACUUUUCUCUCUCACUCCUCCACGGCACACCGUGAGCUUCGCGGGGCAGAGGAGUCUCACUUUUGCUCAGUGUUGCCUCACCAACCCCUAGAACAGUGCCUGGCACACACUCGGUUGAAUGAGAGGCAGGGAUUUAGGAGAGGAAGCUUGGGUAGCUGGGUGGAGACCAGCUGUGGAUAACAUUGAAAAUGACCCCGUGCAGGUACGUGAGCUGAGGGUUACUGUAUUAAAAACGGCUCCUAGAGGGGCGCCAUUUGAAAACGGGAGGUGGGGAACAGAGCACGAAUAGGCAUGUCGCAGAAUAAUAAGUAACAGUUGCUCGUAGGUACAUAAAGCGUUUCCUACUUAUUAAUUUUUAGAAUACACUGAAACAGUGAGAUGUGGUGUUUUGAUGGUCAGGUUGACAAAGCCUUUGCUAGAAUGAGGCGUGCGUUGUGGCGAGCACUCCCUUGGGCGCCGGCAGGACUCUGGUUGACACGUGUUCUGUGGGGCAUUCAGAGCCUUGGAACUUUCACAUCUAAGACCUAACAAAAUGAUGAGAAAGUCAAAGAUUAUGUACAAAAAUACAUAGACAUCAGGAUUUGCGUUUGUUGUUUUUUUUUUUUACAGUGGAAAUAGCUUUGUUGUAUUUUCUAACAAUAAAAGUAUUUCUGUUCGUUGUAAAAAAGAAAAAGAUCAUAUUACAAAGAAGAACGAGAAAUCUGUUUUUUCCUUGGUUUUCAGCGUUUGGUGUCAGUUUAGAAAAGGUCAUAAACCCAAAACUUAUAAAAACAAUUGUCCAGAUUUUCUUCUGAAACUUUAAAUUUGUAUCAUUCAUAUGUUCUCUCCAACUUAGGGAAUAAUGAAUUAUGAUGUGGCCACACGAUGAAAUAUGCUACUAUAAAGCAAGGCUUUCAAAUGGCGUUUGUAAAGGGGAUUUAAUUACAGGAAAAUGCUCAUAAUGUUGAUGGGAAAAAAGGAAGGUGCCAAGUAUUCGGGGGCAGAUCCGGGUGCUGGUGAACACAGUACACGUGGACGCUCGCACACAGAGAAAGGCCAGAGGAACGUGGGUAGAAACGAGAAGCCCUGCUCUCUGGAUUGCACACAUACAGCGGCUUCCUUUUUCUCUCUCUACUCUGUGGUUCCUCCAAGUUUUCCAUGGUGAGCACGUAUGUCUCUCGCGAUUGAAAACCAAAGCAUGGAAAAGUACAUUCGAAGAGAAGCAGAGGUGAAGCUGACGCCAGUGCCUCCCGCCAAGAUAGGCUCUGUGGCUCCCAGAGAAGGCCAAAGAAGACAGAACAUUAACAGCGGUCUUCCUUUUGUGGCGAGACCGUGCAUGAUUUUUAUCUUUUUCUUUUCCUCCCUUGCUGUAUUUCCCACUCCUCGGCAACGAACAUUUUUAUCUCGGGAAGAAAAAGAGAAGGAGGUGUAUUUCCACGCACGCUUGUCAGCAGGGGCCGAGCAGGUGAGCCACAUGGCCGCCUUGUGUGCUCCAUACUGGCGGGAGUGCAGGGGCCAGUGGAGGCCAGCGGAGGCCGAGACCCUUCUCCUGCUGCCCCACAGGUGACUGAGGCCACGUGAGCAGACCUGGCAGGUCGCGGCGGGGUGAGAAAGAAGGGAGUGAGUUCCAAAUGAAACAUCGAUGGUGAGUCAGCAGAAACUGGUCACCAGCUGAGGGAAAGGCGAAGGUCACGGGCAGGGAGAUGUGUGGGGCCGAGCAAGAAGGCAGCAGUUGAGCUGGGAGCUGCCUAGACGGCCUCCCCUUCACCAGAUCAUCCCGGCUCCCAGAAGUCGGCGUGGACGAGCCCAGAUACGUAGCGUGCUGCGCAGAAGUUAGUGCAUGCGUGUGUAAAGUGUAUAAAUAAGAGCGGGUACAUGUGUCCCUCCUUUCUGCAGAGAGAAACCCCAGAAGCAUCAACCUGCAGAAACGGUCGCCCGUAGGGCCCGAGGGGAAGGUGGAGGGUGUAACAGCAGACCGUGUCUUCUCCAAACACAUCAUUUUGCAGAGUUUUGGUUUUUGACAAUGCUUUAUGCAUUUUUUUAAACAUUUUUAAUUUACAAUUCUAAGUGGACUGAAACAAACGACUCGAUAUUUCAAAUUCCUACAAUAACGACACAGAAGACAGUGACACAGGAAAGAUUUCUCUGACCAUACGGCCUUUGGGAGCUGCAUCCUAAGCACAGAAAGAACUCCUAAAGGAUCUUGAAUGUCCCUUGGUGGUUUUAUUAGUGAUAAUAUUGGUGUUAUGAUUUUGAAACUAUUUUAAAUAUGUUACAGGAUAAAUA